UGAGGAGGAAGCCGGAAGUGACUGCGCGGUGACUGCUGAGCCCGGAAUGGAGCCGUGACCGGAGCCCAUGGAAGGGGCGGGGCCUGGGGGAACCGGAGAAGCAGGGGUGGUGUACACCAUGGAGAACAAGCCCAUAGUCACCUGUGCCGGAGACCAGAGUUUGUUUACUGCAGUUUAUUCCACCCUCACCCAGCAGCUUCCUCGGGAGCCCAUGGAAUGGCGGAGGGCGUAUGGUCGUGCUCCUAAGAUGAUCCACCUUGAGUCCAACUUUGUCCAAUUUAAGGAGGAACUUCUGCCUAAAGAAGGGAACAAGGCUCUUCUGACCUUCCCAUUCCUGCACAUCUACUGGACAGAGUGCUGUGACACAGAAGUGUAUAAAGCCACCACCAAGGAUGACCUCACCAAGUGGCAGAAUGUGCUGCGCGCUCACGGCACCACCGACUGGUUGAUCGUUGUCGUAGAGAGUGAAGCCAAGAAGAAGAACAAAACCAACAUCUUACCGCGCACGUCCAUCGCUGACAAGAUCCGGAGCGACUUCUGCAACAAGCAAAGCGACAGGUGCAUGGUACUUGUGGACCCUCUGAAGGAAACAUCCCGCUCCCAGGAGUCCUGGUCUCUCUUUCUGUCCAAGUUGCGCACGUUGCUCCUCACUUCCUUCACCCGUAACCUCGGACACUUUGAAGACGAGAUGAGAACACUCCGAGAAAAGAGGACGGAGCCUGGCUGGAGCUUCUGUGACUAUUUCAUGGUCCAGGAGGAGUUGGCUUUUGUCUUUGAGAUGCUGCAGCAGUUUGAGGACGCCUUGGUCCAGUAUGAUGAGUUGGACGCCCUCUUCUCUCAGUAUGUGCUGAACUUUGGUGCUGGUGAUGGGGCAAACUGGCUCAGUUCCUUUUGUCAGCCGGUGCAGAGCUGGGAUGGUCUCGCUCUACGGAAACCCAUUGACAUGGAGAAGAGAGACUUGAUCCAGCGACGUCGGGCCAACCUGCUGGAACUGCGCAGUUACCUCUUUUCCCGCCAGUGCACUCUCCUCCUCUUCCUGCAGCGACCCUGGGAGGUUUCUGCUCGAGCACUGGAGCUCCUCCAUAACUGUGUGCAGGAGCUGCGGCUGUUGGAGGUGACCGUCCCCCCAGGGGCACUGGACUGUUGGGUGUUCCUGAGCUGUCUGGAAGUUCUUCAGAGGAUUGAGGGCUGUUGUGAGAGGGCCCAGAUCGAGGCCAAUAUCUCCCACACUGUGGGGCUUUGGAGCUAUGCAAUUGAGAAGCUGCAGGCUCUUGGAUCCCUGUGUGGUUUGGUGUCGGAGUCCGGCCCAUGCUCGGAGGACCUGCAGAGGACGGUGGAUUUACUGGCUGGGUUAGGAGCGGAGAGGCCAGAGACAGCGAACACGGCGCAGAGUCCCUACAAGAAGCUGCAGGAGGCGCUAUCCUCAGAGGAGUCGUUUGAGAAGCAUUACCUGGACCUGGCACAUGCCACCAUAGAGAUGUACAGCAGCAUCGGGAGAGGCCGGUCCGCCAAACUAGUGGGGAAGAACCUGGCCGACUUCUACAUGAAGAAGUCUCUUCCGCAGAAGGCGGAGCCCUAUUUACAGGGGGCACUCCGCAUGUACCAGGCUGAAGGCUGGGCCCUGCCCCUCACGCACACUCGCAAACAGCUGGCAGAAUGUCAGAAGCUGCUGGGGCAGAACGAGGCAUACCUGAAAACAUGCAGUCUUCUGGCCACUGACGGCAACGUACCCCAAGACGAGCGUAUCCGAUACGGUCAUGAGAUCCUCCGACUCUCAGCACAGGACACAGGUACUGCAGGUUCGGCCCAUGCAGGGGCAGCAGUGUAACCAAUCAGCCUCCCGCUUAGCUCGUUCACUCAGCUGACCUCUCUCCACUUCGAUCCCCCCAAUGCGGUUGUUCAUGUUGGGGGGUCCUUGUCCAUUGAGCUGACGCUCCUCAGCCUGAUGCCGGAGCCUUUCCACCUGGAGCAUCUCUCAGGAUAUUUCCACUAUAGUUUGGACAAGAACAGCUACCGCAAAACCGCAGAGUGGUUGACCCGGCACAAGCCAGCAGGGGGCACCAUGCACUUUCUGCCGGAUACUCCGCUGGGAGUUAGAGUACCUCCGCCCGUCCUGGAGCUGUCAGAGAUGCAUGAGAAGAGUCCUUCGGAGGGCGGGCUGGUCAGCACAGGUGUCAUCUGCAGGAAUGUGCACAUGUUACUGCGGCCGCAGGACACCAGCGCCUCCUCAGCCCAGGACAGACACUCCGGCCUCAGCCUGGACCAUGGCACCCACAGCCUGCGCUGCCACAACGUCGUCCUGGAGCCGGGACUUAACCGAGUGACCUUCCACACCCAGGCUCAGGAACCAGGCACCUACACCCUGCGGCAGCUUGCGGCAUCGUUUGGCGGGGUUCAGCUGCUGCUUCCCCACGUGUACCCCAUUGUGCAGUAUGAUGUGUACUCCCAGGAGCCUCAGCUGAAGGUGGAGCCGCUGAGUGAUUCCCUUCUGGCCGGAGUCCCACAAAAGCUAAAGUUUACGGUUACAACUGGACAUUACUGCAUGAAGCCCGGAGACACCCUGCAGCUGAGCAACGCCGACACAAUGUCUAUUAUUCCGGGGGCAGAGCCCACUGUCUCCAUCUACCAGAGCAGCCAUGGUGAAGUGGCGGUCAGCGCUCUCAGUAUUCAGCGCUCUGACAAAGUGACCAGCAUCUCCCUCCCCAUGGCGCCUCCAUAUCACGUCGUGGACUUUCAGCUGGAUGUGGUCUGUCUGCUUCCCGAGGGCGGGCGCUUGAUGAAUGGGGAGAUCCCGCGUAGAGGGAAGGAUUCUCACAACGCUGCCAGUAGUGGCAUUCUGGAGCAGCGGGUGUCAGUCGACUGCCCGUGGUCCAUCUACUCCACCAUCAUCAGUCUGUCGUUCCACCUUCCUCUGAAGGCUCAGCACACGCUGCUGUCCUCGGGCACCAGAAAGUACAUCCAGGUCUGUGUGGAAAACACCUGCGACUUUCAUUUCCAGUUGUCGGGCGGCUGCAUCAGCUCCACCCAAGAGCUGCAGUUCCAUCCCCUGCACACAGCGGAGAGCCAGGUCCUCCAGAGUCAGCAGUACCUCUUCUAUGUGUGGGAGGUGACAUGGCGCCAGGGUCUGCCAUCAUCGCUCCCCUGUAGCUUCUCGGUCAGCUUCUUCCCGUCGCCUCUUCCGGAGUCCUGUGCCCAUCUCCAGCCGUUCACCUACUUCUUCCACUUGGAGCACUUUUAUACCCUAUACACUGUACGUGCUGAAAUCUCACCCCCAGCAGAGUCAGAAUUCUGUAAGAUGGGGUCCCUCUGUUCAUUGGAAGUCUGCAUCACCCGACUGUGUGACCCCAUGGAGCAAGACAAGGAGGAGACGCUGACCGACUGUGAGGGGUACACCAGUACUCAGCUCUUCUACCAGGUGGUUGAUGGUGGAAGUAACUGGGCAGUGUGCGGCAGGAGCUCGGGCGUGGUCCUGAUGCCCGUUAAACACGGGGCGUGCCAUACUGUUCGGAUGGAGGUGAUGCCUCUGUUUGCUGGAUAUCUACCCUACCCGGAUGUGCAGCUGUUCCGCUACCUGCCCCACCACUCGCACACUCAGCAGGUGGAUGCCGACAGCUGGAUUGAGAAUGACUCUGUGUCUGUGGAGGAUCUGGUGAGGUCCCUAGUGGGGCGAUCUCAGAGCACCUCACUGUCUCCGGGGCCCCUGAGUGGCACAGCAGAGCAGAAAGGACUUCCAAUGCCGCGUCUGCAGCCAUUCCACGCCGGACAAGUCAGCAACAGCAGCGCAGGGCGGCAGAUCCUGGUUAUUCCCAGUAUGGACGACCAUGUGCUGGAGGUUAAUGUCACAUGACACACGCCCUGGCGCCAGUAGUGUAUUCUAUAUGUACAGCUGGGUGCGGGGCCCGGACUGAGGCUCGGUAUCACUUUCCAUCACGUCUGGAAGAACUGGAAGCUCUGGAUGCUGAUAAUUGUGCAAUAUUCUGUUACUCUGCAGCAAGGACACCGGCCGAGCGCUAUACAUAAAGCUGGGUGUAUAUGGGGGAUGGGCACACGGCAGACUCCGGUUAUUGCAUGUUACCUGCAUAUUCAUCAGCAGUGACCUCCAGGACCUCAGUGCGCUGCAGGGGUCAUAGUGCAGGGGGUGGAGCACAGCUUGCAAAAGGGGGUGACAGUGACAACAUCCACUUAUCAGGAUGAUGUCUCAUAGACUGGUUCUGCGUCUUCUCGAUACAUCACAUACCGGCCAAUGACUGGUCUGAGAGCCAUGCUUCAUUCCCAGGUCAUCAGGUAGCACCAUGUUCUCAUUGGUCAGUGUGAGGUCCAUGUUUAUAUCUCAUGAUGUAUUGUCCUGCUCCGGUCAUUGGUCAGUGUGAGGUCCAUGUCCACAUCUCAUGAUGUAUUCGCCUGCUUCGGUCAUUGGUCAGUGUGAGGUCCAUGUCUCAUGAUGUAUCGGCCUGCUCGGGUCAUUGGUCAGUGUGAGGUCUAUGUCCAUAUCUCAUGAUGUAUUCGCCUGCUUCGGUCAUUGGUCAGUGUGAGGUCCAUGUCCACGUCUCAUGAUGUAUUCGCCUGCUUCGGUCAUUGGUCAGUGUGAGGUCCAUGUCCACGUCUCAUGAUGUAUUCGCCUGCUUCGGUCAUUGGUCAGUGUGAGGUCCAUAUCUCAUGAUGUAUCGGCCUGCUCGGGUCAUUGGUCAGUGUGAGGUCUAUGUCCAUAUCUCAUGAUGUAUUGUCCUGCUUCGGUCAUUGGUCAGUGUGAGGUCUAUGUCCAUAUCUCAUGAUGUAUUGUCCUGCUCCGGUCAUUAGUCAGUGCUCCAGCCUCUGCACUACACACUACGCUCCCCUCUCUGGAAUCUUCUUUGCUGCUAUAGAGAAGUCUUCUGUCCCAGCCUAUCAUAAAGCCCCAUGGGAUGGAGAUAUGAAGCACCUCUGCCAGGCAGUGGUCAGCACCUUGCCUUCAUAUCUCGUGAUUGCUGGAGCCAUCUUGGUGGGUCUUGUCUUAAAGAUGUGCAGCUGUUGCUGUAUUACGGGAUUUUAAGGUGACAGCACUAUUUAUUUUUUGGUAUAUUUUACCUCCAAAAUAAGGUGAAGCUUGUAUGACGAGUACCCAGAAUACAUGUGUUUUACCACA